AUGUUAAGUGAUGUAAAUGGAAAGUUUGUGUAAAGUGAAGCAAAAAUCGCGACAAACGAGUCGGAACUUAAUUUCUCCUUCAUUUUUUAAAAUUUUUAUGUGUUUGUUGCAAAGCCGACGUGAAAGUAAGUCUUCAGAGUAGUCCAGAGCAUACAUAACAGGGCGAUUGUUGAUGUCGAUAUGGCAGAGGACGAAAUCGACGUUAAGCCCAAACUCGGUAAUCAAUCCAUUGAGUGGUUACCAUUUGAUGAUGUAAAGUUUGAAACAAUAAAAGGCGACCUCCAUGACGGAGAGCAAUUCCCGAUGAUUGAUCCACUGGAUAUCGUGAAGCUGGAAAAAAAGUCCGAAAGUGACGAUGAUCUAGAUUUCAGCGCCGAUAAUUGUGACGAAGACCCUUCUCUCCUGGUAGUAGAAGGACGAAAAAAGCGAAGGAGUUUCACGAUUCAGCGGAAGCUGCAAAUAAUUUUAGAGUACGAAAAAGGAAUCAGCGGUAGAGGCUUCAAAAGUCUUGCUCAGAAAUAUGAAAUCGCAACAUCCACCUUGCAAGGAUGGGUCCAACGGAAAAGCGAACUGGAAGCGAUCGUGCACGAACAUGAUAGAGGACGGUCAUCUAAAAGACGGCGUCGCCUGCCCGGAGGAGGACAAAAACCGUUUUACCCUGAGCUUGAAGAUCGACUGCUCGACUGGGUCAAGCAGAGCAAUAAAGAUGGUAUCCGCGUCACAGAUCGAUUAAUGUUGUUACAAGCAUCGAACCUGGCCGCAGAGCUGGACAUCGAUGGUUUUAAAAUAAGCAACGGUUGGCUUGACGGGUUCAAACGGCGGCAGCAUUUGACUAGUCGAGAUGAAACAACGUGCAGCGUACAACCACAGGUACUAUCAACUAACGCGUUAGAGAAGGACAGCAUCGAACUUGAUGAUUUCCAUACAACCAUUAAAAUCGAAGAUGAACCUCAGAGCAUUUUGAACAUGGAUUAAGUUUCCCAGUAUGUCUUACCAAACUAAACAAAAUUUUGCAACACCUACACGAAGACCGAAUUUCAGCGAAAUCAAACAAAAAUUUAGGUUACAUACAUUCGGUUAACGGGGUUAAUGCCGUUAAUGCCCAAGUAUGUUUUGUUUACAUGUGAUCUUUACACCGUUACAUAUAUUACAUUAGAGAACAAACAA